AUGGCCACUGACACUUCCACUCAAUUCCUCACCAACACCGUUGUAUCAGGCAUAACCACCAAUGGAGACAGCACAGCUGCCUCCACUGGAUCCAGCACAAUCUCCAGUGAUACUAGCACAGCUGUCACCACUGGAUCCAGUGCAACCUUUGGUGGGACCAGCACAGCCACCAAUGCUGGAUCCAGUGCAACCUUUGGUGGGACCAGCACAACCUCCAGUGGGACCAGCACAGCCACCACCACUGGAUCCAGGGCAACCUCCAGUGGGACCAGCACAGCAGCCAACACUGGAUCCAGCACAAUCUCCAGUGAUAUUAGCACAGCUGCCACCAUUGGAUCCAGUGCAACCUUUGGUGGGACCAGCACAGCCACCAAUGCUGGAUCCAGCACAACUUCUGACAGUGCCAGCACAGCUGCCACCAUGGGAUCUAACACAACCUCUGAUGGGACCAGCACAACCACCAAUGCUGAAUCCAGAAUAACUUCUGACGGAUCCAGCGCAACUUCCGGUGACACCAGCACAAUUGCCGCUACUGGGUCUAGCACAACCUCCAGUAUGACCAGCAUGGCCACCAAUGCUGGAUCAAGCACAACCUCCAAUGAUACCAGCACAACCACUAACCCUGACUCCAGCACAGUAUUCAGUGGGCCCAGCACAGCCACCAUCACUGGAUCCAGCACAACUUCCAGCAGACCUGGCACAGCUACCAAUGCUGGAUCCAGCACAGCCUCUGGUGGGUCCAGUACAGUCACUAACACGGAACCCAGUGCAACUUCUCAUGGACCCAGCACAGCUACCAAUGUUAGAUCCAGCGCCACCUCCAGUGCGUCUGGUACAGCCACUAACCUGGGAUCUAGUACCUCUGGUAGAACAAACACAAAAGCCAACACUGACUCUAGUGUAACUUCUAGUGGUACUAGCACAAUUGCCAACACUGGAUCCAGCACAGCCUCUGAUGGAACCAGCACAAUGGCCAACACAGGAUACAGCACAGCCUCCAGUGGUUCUAACACAACUUCCAAAAGAAUUAACACAAGUGCUGCUACUCCAGUGGAUGACAUGAAGCCUAGUGGGUUCCUGAAGCCAUGGGAAAUCUUCCUCAUCACCCUGGUCUCAUUUGUAGUGGCCGUGGGACUCUUUGUUGGGCUCUUCUUCUGUGUGGGAAACACCCUGUCUCCGAGAAACAUCUUCAGCCCAGCUCUUUACCGCCCUCAUGGUCCCAACCUUGGCCCAGACCCUCGAGGGAAUUGAGGAGCUCACAACAGGCCUAGGUGGAGCCAUAACUCAUUCUGGAAGAGUCCAGUGUCCUCAAAAGCCAUGGAAAUGAGUAGGAGAUAAAAAGGGGCCCUGAGCGGCCUCUGAAGCCAGAAGGCUGUAUUCUUCAGGGAGGACGCAGACCCGGGGAACUAGA